AUGUCAGAUAUGCUUUUGGAGCUUGCAAGAAGAGAGAAGAUUGCUGGGAUAAAGCCUGAUGAAGAUCUUGAUAUAUUUAUAAAGGGUUCACGACACUAUAGAUUUACAAUGAUAGGUAAAGGCAUAAGCGACCACUAUUUUGCUGACAGCAAGAUGGCUAAGGCAAGCUUACAAGCAAAUGAUGUCGAGUUGGCUAAAGAACUAUGGGACUUCAGCUUAGAUUUGGUCCGCAGAGGCUCAAUCCUUCAUAAAGAUCAUAAAACUGAUUGGAAAAAGAAGAAAGAUCAACAUGAUGCUAAUCAAGUGGGAGUGGGUUUGACUCCUGCUUAUGGACGUGCUUAUGGGACGACACCUCCUCUUCUUGUUGAUGAUUAUAGAGACAUGCUUUUGAUAGGAACUGCCAUGUUUAUUUUUAGUGUUGGAUUUUGUCAUUUUUGUAAGAUUAAAGAAUUCAAAAGAUCAAGCAUUGUUAUUACUAGAUUCAAACUUGAGCUUGUAGAGACUGCUCUUCGGAGUGUCCUUUUGGAUGAAUAUCCUAGAGUAAUGGAUACUUGGAUGCAUGUCAUCUCUUCACAAGGUUCAUCUUUGUUUUCCGUAGACCUUUUAGAAUUUGAUGUCAUAGUUAUUGGGUUGUGUCUCCUCAAGGAUUAUUCAAACAUCCAAUUGCUCUAA